CCCCCUCCAGCUGACGCAGUGGUGCAGUCCGUGAGAGGCAAUGGCAGAGGUGUAGAGGGAGAGAGAGGAUCCGAGCGUCCUGACAGCUUCACUCCAGACCCACAGCGGUGACACACCGAGCCGCGGACAGCGCAUCCAGAGCCGACGCAGCCGAGCCGCCCGACCGCCCGAGACUCGCAGCUCAGCGGUGCUUUUUCUCAAUCUCAGAUAAAGCCGAAGCCACGCACCAUGUCCUUAAAACCGCGGGUGGUGGAUUUCGAUGAGACGUGGAACAAGCUCCUGACGACAAUCAGAGCGGUUGUGAUGCUUGAUUACGUGGAGAGAGCAACAUGGAACGACCGCUUCUCUGACAUCUAUGCGCUGUGUGUUGCAUAUCCAGAGCCUUUAGGGGAAAGACUGUACACUGAGACGAAGGUGUUUCUGGAAAAUCACGUCCGUCAGUUGUUCAAGAGAGUCCUGGAGUCGGAGGAGAAGGUUUUGGGGAUGUAUCACAGAUACUGGGAGGAAUACAGCAAAGGCGCUGAGUACAUGGACUGCUUAUACAGGUACCUCAACACACAGUUUAUUAAGAAGAACAAGCUGACCGAAGCAGACCUGCAGUACGGAUACGGAGGCGUGGAUAUGAAUGAGCCGUUAAUGGAGAUCGGAGAACUUGCACUUGACAUGUGGCGGAAGUUAAUGAUUGAGCCCCUUCAACCGAUGCUGAUCGGGAUGCUUCUGAAAGAGAUCAAGAAUGACCGAAGUGGGGAGGACCCAAAUCAGAAAGUAAUCCACGGGGUUAUCAACUCCUUUGUUCAUGUUGAACAGUACAAGAAAAAGUUUCCUCUAAAGUUUUAUCAGGAAGUCUUUGAGGGGCCGUUCCUGACAAAAACCGGCGAGUAUUACAAACAGGAAGCCUCCAAUCUGCUGCAGGAGUCCACCUGCUCCCAGUAUAUGGAGAAGGUUUUAGGCCGGUUGAAAGACGAGGAGGUGAGAUGUCGGAAGUAUCUGCACCCCAGCUCUUACGCCAAAGUCAUCCAUGAAUGUCAGCAGAGGAUGGUGGCCGAUCACCUGCAGUUCCUGCACGGCGAGUGUCAAAAUAUCAUCAGACAGGAAAAGAGAGACGAUAUGGCGAAUAUGUACACGCUACUGCGAGCCGUGUCCAGCGGCUUACCUCACAUGAUCCAGGAGCUCCAGGUCCACAUCCACGAUGAGGGUCUCAGAGCCACCAGUAACCUCUCUCAGGAAAACAUGCCAACCCAGUUUGUGGAGUCGGUGUUGGAGGUUCAUAGUAAAUUUGUCCAGUUGAUUAACACAGUGUUGAAUGGGUUUUACGCCAGAAUGCUUGCAAAGAGGUUAAUACAUGGACUUUCAUUAUCCAUGGACUCAGAGGAAGCCAUGAUCAACAAACUGAAGCAAGCGUGUGGCUAUGAAUUCACGAGCAAACUGCACAGAAUGUACACUGAUAUGAGCGUCAGCACCGACCUCAACAACAAAUUCAACAACUUUAUCAAAACCCAGGAGACUGUCGUGGACCUGGGCAUCAGCUUCCAGAUUUAUGUAUUACAGGCAGGCGCGUGGCCCCUCACACAUGUCCCCUCUUCCACGUUUGCCAUCCCGCAGGAGCUGGAGAAAAGUGUACAAAUGUUUGAGUUGUUUUAUAACCAGCACUUCAGCGGAAGGAAGCUGACCUGGCUACAUUAUCUCUGCACAGGCGAGGUAAAGAUGAAUUAUCUGUGCAAGCCCUAUGUGGCGGUGGUGACCACCUAUCAGAUGGCCGUUCUGCUGGCGUUCAACAACAGCGAGACUGUGAGCUACAAAGAACUGCAGGACAGCACGCAGAUGAACGAGAAGGAGCUCCAGAAGACUAUUAAAUCCCUGCUGGACGUCAAGAUGAUCAGUCACGACUUGCAGAAAGAGGAGAUCGAAGCCGAAUCCACGUUUUCCUUAAUUAUGAGUUUCACCAGUAAAAGAACAAAGUUCAAGAUCACAACAUCGAUGCAAAAGGACACGCCACAGGAGCUGGAACAGACGAGGAGUGCC